UUCUAUUUACUCAUCAACACAUAGGCGCGCGUGUUUUCACUUUGCCACCCACUACUCUUACAACAACCCAAACUCGCCUCUCCACCGUACUCUCUCUCUAACCCUGUGAAGCUUCAGUACACUCACACCUCGAAGCACAAAACUUCCUUGACAAUAAGCAAAGCCCACCUCCAGGAUUCCCCGCCGGAGUCCUCCAUGGAACCCCGACACGGAGGUGCCCGCCACCGUACUCCGGCCAAAUGCACUAGAUCCUAGGUCUACGUCUAACCUUUGACACAUGUCACAGCAACACUUAAAAUUGAACUACCAAACUCCCAUAAUACACAAUCAUAUGAAAAAAGCAGUGUCUAGUUGAAACAGGAAAUUAGUACAUUGAUUAGUGCACAGUAGUUGAGACUUGAAAUUUCAAUUAUAAUGGCUGCACUUAGCACCGCUACCACAUCAGCGGUGGAAUCCACAUCCGUUGCGGUGGCGUUAUCCUCGGAGGAGCUGGCUGCCAAGGCGGCGCAUAAGAGAUAUGAGGGCUUGGUGAUGGUACGGACCAGGGCUAUUAAGGGCAAAGGAGCUUGGUACUGGGCGUAUUUCGAGCCAAUUCUUGUGCAUAAUUCAGAUACUGGCUUAGCUAAGGCUGUAAAAUUACGGUGUUCCUUGUGCGAAGCUGUUUUCUCCGCCUCUAACCCGUCCAGAACCGCCACUGAACAUCUUAAAAGAGGGACUUGCCCAAAUUUUGCUUCAGCUCCUAAGCCUAUUUCUUCGGUGCCUUCGUCUUCUCCAGUUUCUAUUGCUAAUAUGGGGUCUAGUACUAAUACUUCGUCUUCUCCUCAGCAACCCCACAGUCACCAGCGGAAGCGUAGUUCUUCUGGUGGUAGUCGUGGCGAGGGUGGAGGAGGAGGCAGUGGAGCUUCUGUAGGCAUUAUUACGACGCUAUCCCCUCACAAGAUACCGCCAUUGGCCAUUGUUGAUCCUUCAAGAUUUGCAGUGGAGUUAGCUCACCCUCCUGUAAUUUCAGUAGCCAGUACUAGUGUUGUUGUUGCAUCUGCUAGUGCAAGUCCUCGCGGUGGCGGCAUGUUGUAUGGACAGCAGCAACAGCACCAACUAGUGCUGUCUGGUGGAAAGGAAGAUUUGGGACCUCUUGCAAUGUUAAAGGAUAGUGUAAAGAGACUGAAGAGUCCCACUGCAUCAACUACACCAACAUUAAGCAAAUCCCAAGUUGAUGCCGCACUGGAUUAUCUUGCUGAUUGGUUUUAUGAGUGUUGUGGGUCAGUCUCAAUUUCAAGUCUUCAGCACCCUAAAUUCAUGGCAUUUCUCAACCAGGCUGGGUUGCCUACAAUUUCACGAAGAGAAGUCUUUGGGUCGAGAUUAGAUACUAAGUAUGAGGAGCUCAAGGCCGAGUCCGAGGCCAAAAUUCGAGAUGCAAUGUUCUUUCAGAUAGCAUCUGAUGGUUGGAAGUCAAAGAAUGAUGGCAUUUUUGGGGAUGACAAUUUUGUGAAUUUGACAGUGAAUCUUCCCCAUGGGACUAGUGUGUUUAGGAGGGCAGUUUUUACUAAUGGUUAUGUGCCUUCUAAAUAUGCAGAAGAGGUUUUGUGGGAAACUAUUACUGAAAUUUGUGGGAGCACAGUGCAGCAAUGUGUAGGUAUAGUUUCAGACAAGUUUAAGGCUAAGGCAUUAAGGAAUUUAGAGGAUCAGCAUCCUUGGAUGGUUAAUCUUUGCUGUCAAUAUCAAGGUUUCUAUAGUCUGGUUAAGGAUUUCGGCAAAGAGCUCUCGUUAUUCAAGAACGUGACUGAGAGUUGUUUGAAAUUGGCAAAUUUUGUUAACAAUAAGUCUCAAAUUCGACAUAGUUUUCAUAAGUAUCAAUUGCAGGAAUAUGGGAAUGCUCAUUUGCUGAGAGUGCCUUUGCGCGGUUAUGAAAGAUCAGAUUUCAGUCUAGUUUACACAAUGGUAGAAGACAUACUGUGUUCUGCACGGGCGCUUCAUUUAGUAUUCUUAGAUGAAGCGAACAAGAGAAUCUUAAUGGAGGAGCCAAUUGCUAGAGAAAUUGAAGAAAUGAUGAGGAAUCCACAUUUUUGGAAUGAAUUAGAAGCGGUGAAUUCUUUGGUUAAGUUGGUGAAGGCAAUGGCUCAGGAGAUUGAGAUGGAGAAGCCACGGGUUGGACAGUGCCUUCCACUUUGGGAAGAGCUUAGAGUGAAAGUAAAGGAUUGGUGUUCUAAAUUUCACAUUGUUGAAGGACCUGUGGAGAAGGUGAUCGGCAUGAGGUUCGAAAAGAAUUAUCACUCAGCUUGGGCUGCGGCAUUCAUACUCGAUCCACUUUAUUUGAUUUCGGACAGUAGUGGGAAAUACUUGCCGCCCUUCAAAUUUUUGACACCCGAACAAGAGAAGGAUGUCGACAAGAUCAUAACAAGGCUUGUAUCACGGGAGGAGGCACACAUUGCACUUAUGGAGUUGAUGAAGUGGAGAACAGAAGGGCUCGAUCCAGUUUAUGCUCAAGCGGUACAAUUGAAGCAAAGGGAUCCUAGUACCGGAAAGAUGAAGAAUGCCAACCCCCAAAGCAGCAGGCUCGUAUGGGAAACGUACUUGACCGAGUUUAAGUCAUUAGGGAAAGUAGCAGUUAGGCUAAUUUUCCUUCAUGCAACAUCGUGCGGUUUCAAAUGCAACUGGUCUUUACUUAGAUGGGCAAGUGCUCAUUCCCAUUCAAGGUUGGGCAUGGACAGGGCGCAAAAGUUGAUAUUCAUGGCUGCUCAUUCAAAAAUCGAAAGACGGGAUUUAUCCAAUGACGAAGAUAAGGAAGCAGAGCUAUUUGAUUUGGAAAACGCUGAGGACGAUGUGCUCAAUGAGGUUUAUGUUGAUACAUCCUCUGUGUAAGAUUCCCUAUUAUCCCCUUGCUUUGCAGCCUAAGUUAUAGAUCUUCUGUUUCCCAAUUUUUUUUCCUUUUGAUUCUUUUUACUGUGGUGGUUCUUUCAUUGCUCUUGGAAGAUUUUGUGGCAGUUUCUGAGAAAGUGGGAUGUUAGUCAUAUUGCAAGUAGCUAUUCACUCUUUAGAAUUAUUGAGGUUAGAGAAUGGCUUCUUGUUUAAAAAGAUAAAAGCCAUUGAGCAGAAGCUGCAGAAUAGUGGGAAGUGUAACAUUUUUUGUUCCUUUCACGGUCUGGAUUGAAUAAAAUUUAUUCAAAAAGAGAAGGUUUUUGUUUUUCCUGCUGCCUAAAAUAAGUUUAUACUCUUGUUUGCAGUUUGAUAAGCAUUUUUGUCAUUCCUUCACUGUAGAUGCAUUUUUCUUCUUGAUAGAUUUUGCUUGUUAUAUAUGACAAAUAAAGGUUACUAUGAUUAUUACUGAGUUAAAGAAAAUAGCAGGAACAUAGACCUUCUACAUUUUGAAGAACUGGAAGUUGCUUUUCAUUGACAUUUUACCAAAGACGUUAGCCAUUGAUCCUCCGUUUCUGCCAAAAGCAUUUUGAGAUUUAAAUGAAACUUUUGUUUCUCAUAUGAAUUACAAUAAAAAGAUACCAUUGUUCAAGUAUCUUGAGUUGCUUGAUUAUUUAAAUAUAUUGUGCCUAGUAUCAUCGAGAUUGAAAUAAUAAGACUAUUUUUGGCUAUAACUCAAAAUGUCCCAUUCACUGUGACUCCGAUUUAUUCUCUUUUCUUUGUGCUAUAAAAGCUGUUAUCGAGGCUGACUGCAAUAUAGAUGAGGUUUCACUCGGCCAAGUUUUACAUAUUGUUGGACAGUGUUGAGUCUUAUUGUAGACUUUUAACCUCUGACCACAGAUUGAGCUAACAUUGGAUAUUUCAUAUACCGCGUGCACUUUUUCUCCAUUAUAGAGAAAAGCUUAAGUUCUGACAUUGUGGGUGAACCAAUAUGAAUCUGUGGUGUGGUUUUGCUUGUUUUCUAGUUGUUUUUUGUUUCUUAUUGCUUUUGGAAUUGCUUUUGCUCAAUCUAAUUGUAAGUGAGAUAAUUAAUUAGCAUUUCUCUUCGUGAGUUAGUUCUUUCUUUUUUAUUAGACUUCUCAGUCGACAGUCUUUUUACUAGAGCAAUAUUGGCAAUAAAAUAUUAUAUUCUCCUUCCUACUGCUGAGAAUGAUAAUUUAUUCAUACUUCUUGAGUUUUGUCUGAAGUACGGAUUGAAAUGUAAUGCCAAUUCAAUU